AUGGCCGAAAGUCAGUUGCACGCCCAUGCCGAAUUUCUCUCAUUGUUUGGAGACCCAGAUUGCGACUCAGAUUGCGAAUCGUCACAGCCAACAGCCGAACUCAAAUCGACUCCGCUAUUCUCUGGUAAGGUCAAAGCAAAAGUCGACGAAGCCGACGACCGCGCCAACCCAGUAUUUCCUGCGUAUGGCCUUCUUGGAUAUUGUUCCGCCAUCGUUCAGCAUGGCCACCUCAAGGAGAUGGCUGUCUCACGCGACAGUCUGAUCUAUGCAAAUAUGCAAGAACCAUGGUCGGCUUUCAUUUGCGGCCAGCAGGGCGCGGGCAAAAGCUACACCAUGUCCUGCAUUUUGGAGAAUGCCCUUAUCGGAGGCGGUCCGAUGGGAAGGAAUCCGUGCCCCAUGGCUGGAGUGGUUUUUCAUUACGACAAGUUCACCUCGGCCCAUGCCACGCAAGUCUGCGAAGCAGUAUACCUGAGCUCCAGUGACAUUAAAGUCCAGGUUCUCGUAUCUCCCUCGAAUUACCAGGACAUGAAACGAUUGUAUAGCAAUUUGCCAGGUUAUUCGAGAGAGGCACCGAAACCAGAAGUCAUUCCGUUGCUGUUCAGCGAGAAACAGUUGAAUGUGGCUCAUAUGAAAACGCUCAUGGCAUUUGACAGUUCUGAUGCUAACCCUCCGUUGUACAUGUCAAUUCUGAACACGAUUCUCAAGGACAUGGCGAUCAAAUCUGGCACCACAGCAGGCAUUGACUACAUGAGAUUGAAAGCGAAGAUGUAUGCAGCAGGGUUGACGCCUGGUCAAAUGGGGUCUUUAGAACUGCGUUACACCUUGAUCGAAUCCUUCCUGCGAGAAACAGCUCCGAAGUCGAUGAUGCGAAAGGAUACGAUCGACUUCAGCCCGGGCACAGUUCUGAUUGUGGAUCUCAGCUGUCCUUUUGUCACAGAAGGAGACGCAUGCGCGCUUUUCUCCAUCUUCUUGUCUAUUUUCCUUAACAAGAGAUCUGAGCACGGAAUGAUUGUAGCUCUCGACGAAGCACACAAGUUUCUGACCGAAGUCCCUCAAGCCAAAGCAUUUUCCGAAGAUCUUGUGCAGGUCAUUCGUCAACAACGCCACCUAGGCACUCGUGUGGUGGUUGCCACCCAAGAGCCAACGAUAUCGCCAAAAUUGCUUGACCUUUGUAAUGUUUCCUUUGUCCACCAAUUUGGAUCUCCAGCUUGGUAUUCAAUUCUGGUGAAUCAUAUCGCUGCACUCGGUUUGCUGGGCAGAGAUUCGGACGAAGCAAGAAAUAAAGUGCUCAAAAUGAUUGUCAAGUUGAAGAGAGGCGAAGCUUUGGUCUUUUGUCCCAAAGCAUGUUUGGGUUUUGGUACAGGUGACAAGAUUGACGAAGAGAGCGCCAGUGUGAAUGGCAAGUCCACCAGGAAUGGAACUGAGGCGGAGAAUGAAAGUUGGGCUGACUGUCAGAGUCGAAUUGGGGAAGAGAGUAAUGGGUCGAGUCGGAGCCAGAUUGACUGGGAUGAAUUCAGCCCUCUUGAAGAUGCUUUCAUCAAGGUCAAGAUCCGCCCAAAGGUUACAGCAGAUGGAGGCAAGAGUAUUGUGGCAUCGCUCGAUACUUAG